AUGAGAAGUCUCGUCAUCGUCGUGCAGCAGCAGCAGCAGCACACUACAGGAGUCAGCUGCCUGAUGAGCAACUCGGUGGACGCGGCAUGGACGGCGCGCAGCAGCGUCGUCGUGUGCAACGGCAUCCCGGGCCUGAGCAAGGAGCAGCGCGAGCUCUGCCAUCGCAAUCCGGACGUGGCCGAGGCCGCCGUCAAGGGCCUGCAGAUGGCCAUAGCCGAGUGCCGCCACCAGUUCCAGUGGCACAGGUGGAACUGCUCGUCCCUGACCACGAGCAGCCUAACUCAACACAGCAGCGUCAUGCUGCAAAGAGGUUACAGAGAGACGGGAUUCGUGUACGCCAUCGCCUCGGCGGGUGUGGCCCACAGCGUGUCCAGGGCCUGCAGCAUGGGCCGACUGAUCUCGUGCGGCUGCGACCCGUCGAGCUACACCGGCCGAGAGACCAAGAUGGUCGGCGGCGGCACCCAGUGGAAGUGGGGCGGCUGCUCGCACAAUCUCGAGUACGGCAUGGAGUUCUCCAAACAGUUCCUAGACGCCCGCGAGGUCGCCGGCGACAUACAGUCCACGGUUAAUCUACAUAAUAAUCAAGCCGGUCGCAACGCGGUCGCGAGCAAUAUGCAGGUCCGCUGCAAGUGUCACGGCAUGUCGGGCUCCUGCGAACUGAAGACCUGCUGGAAGGUCGUGCCGGACUUCCGGCUGGUCGGCCGAACGCUCAAGAAUCGUUUUCGCAACGCCGUGGCGGUGAUGCAGAGCAACUUCGGCCAGGUCCAGCCGAUGAAUCCUCGGGCGGGCCGAGGUCACAAGCGUCGGCGAAACGAAGAUCGGAGCAUCGCUCUUGGCGGUGCCGGUGGCGGCGGCGGCAGCAUCGGUGGCAACGGCAGAUCGCGCAACGGUGGGGGCGGCGGCGGCGGCGGCAAAGGCGUCAAUCGCAAGGCCCAAAAGAAUCUAGCCAAUCAGCUGUUCUUCUUCCAAAAGUCGCCCAACUUUUGCGAGCGGGACGCGCACGCCGACAUCGCCGGCACCAGCGGCCGGAGAUGCAACAAGCCCAGCGCCGGCGGCGACGGAUGCGCCUCGCUCUGUUGCGGCCGGGGCUACAACGUCAUAAGGCAGCGCCGGGUCGAGAGGUGCGGCUGCAAGUUUCACUGGUGCUGCUUCGUCGAGUGCCAGAACUGCACCGUCGAGGAGUGGAUCACCGUCUGCAAGUGA